GAGAGGCUGUCUCUGAACCGGCUGGUAGACAGACGCACCGGGGACAGAGCUCCGGUCUCAGCCCAACCCUGCGGCGGGCGGUGACAGCACCGAAAGCAGUUGGACCAGGCCCCAAUUCGACCAUCCCGUACGUUCAGAGCAAGAUGGCUGAUAGGGAGCUGGUGAAGAGGAUGCUCUGGGCCAUACUCCUGGCCAACAAGGGUGGAGUGUCACUGUCACGUCUACAAUCAGAGUACAAGGAGCUCGCUGGCGAGCAGAUACCACAUAAACAACUGGGACACAGCCACCUGGACUCACUGCUUGCAAGCAUGCCCGCUGUAGUCCGCAUGGAGCGCAAUCGCUCUGGAGAGGUGGUCUAUUUAGCUUCAGGAGCCAACGAGAAAGCCCAUAUAGCCAAGGUGGUGGCCCGCCAGCGCACAUCCAAGAAGACAGGUCGACCCCACCUGGUCAACACCCAGAUGAGAGUCAAACCAGCAGCAUCAUUUGUCCUGAAUGCCAAACCUCAAACCUCACUGAGGCAGCCAAACUACCGUGGGCGAGGUGGGGGUAGAGGAGGAGGUGGUGGCCGAGGAUCGGGACAUGGAGACUUCCGACAAGCCAGAGAUAUGAGAAAUGGCCAGGCAGAGAGUAAAACUGGGCCACAUCAGAACAAGCUCUUCAAUCAAAACACACCCAACAGGAAAGGGAACCCGCCAAUGGAGAAAUCAGACAAGAGAAUGAUGCUGCCAUCACGGUUUCAUAAGGAGGUUCUCACUCACCUUUCCAGAAACUCCCAACAGACUGGUCCACCUAUGAAUCUGAACGAGAGCCUCAGCUUGGGGAAAGGAAAAACCUACAACCCUCAGCAGGUCCAAGGUCGAAUCAAGGAAAUCCUGGGGAAGUACAGUAAUGGGUUCUGGGUGUCCAAGCUGCCUCAGAUCUACAGAGAGCUCUUCACACAGGACCUGCCCACUGAGGCCAUCAAAGACUUGGAGACGUGGACACACAUAUGCACUGUAGAGAAAACCUGCAGCAGCAACCCAUCAGAGUUGCUCCUCUACCCAGCUAAGGAGCAGAGCCCCACAUCCACCCUGUCACCCAUCGUCAACCCAGACUCCCCCACUACCCCUGUGCCACCUUCAGACACCACGACAGAUAAAGCCUCACAUUGCCCUGCCCAACAGAAAUCAUGCCCUACCCAUCUGACUCGCUCUGGCUCUCUCUCACCUCAGUCUACUCCAUCGUCUUCCUCGUCCCCCAGCCCUCCUUCCUCCCCUGCUUCCCUCAGUCCCGACGUGAGGAUGAAAUUAGAAGAGUUGCUAGUGAAGUACUCCAAUGGCCUGUGGGCACAUGCACUGCCUAAACUCUUUCAGGACACCUACAAAACCAAACUACCCAAACAUGUCCUGGAGAACCUUCAUCUCCUUUCUGACAUCUGCACUAUUGACUACCCAAUGCCUGACAACCCCAAGAGGGCCAUCCUGUACAGGAGGAGCAGCAAAGGAGAUGGAGGAGGAGAGGAUGAGAACUGCAACAGGAGGGAUUCUUCAAUCAGUGAAGAGGAGCUGAAGGUGAGACAGGAGCUGGAGAGGAGGCUCAGUAAACAAACAGUGCCUUCUCUGCAAAUCCCCAAAGAGGAGUACCCCUCUGUGCUGGUGGUGGAGGCUACCAACACCAAUGCAGUCGUGCUCAGGUACAUUGGUGAAAAUUACUCCCGGGCUCAGGAGUUCAUGGAGGAUGAGAUGAGGGAGUUUUACAGCCAGGACCAAAGCACUCCAACUCCUUUAGCUUCUCCAUGUUCAGGACAACUUGUUGCGGUCAGAGCUGAAGAGGAAGAGGAGAUUCUGAGAGCGCAGAUUUGUGAGGUCAUGGCGGACAAGGUCAAGGUGUACUAUGUGGAUCAUGGCUUCUCAGAAGUGAUCACCAAAACCAAAAUGUAUGAGCUGCACGAGAGGUUUUUCAAACUGCCUUUCCAGGCCACUAAGUGUAAACUAGCGGGUCUGGAGCCGUUCUGUCAGGAGCCUGCAGUACUUAAGAAGUUUGAGAUGAUGGCCAGUGGUAGGAUCUUACUGGCUGAAAUCCUAGAGAGAGGUCAGACUCCUCUGGUGGUCCUGUACGACACGUCGCAGGAUGAUGACAUCAACAUCAAUGCAGCAUGCAUGAAAGCUUUGCAGGACAAGAUGCUAGCAAGCCCAUUGCAGGUGAACAGUGUUUAUAUGAAUGUGACUGUCUGCAGCGUCUGCUCGGAUGGGACCAUCUACUGUCAACUGCCCUCCAGAGGUCUUGCCAAGCUGAAUGAGAUACUGGAGAAAAUAGAAACAUACUUCCACUCACAGGUGACAUCAGACUUCCUGGUAUCCAGACCCUUCUGUGGGAAACGAUGCAUGGCUCGCUAUAAAGCCAAAUGGUCUCGUGUGGAGAUCACCAACCUGCAUGGCAGCAGAGUGCUGGACAUCAUUUUUAUCGAUGUGGGUGUCCAGGCUUCUGUAGAAGUGUUUGAGCUGAGAGAGAUCCCACCGAUAUUCCUAUGUGACCUAAUGGCAAUCCCACCACAGGCUGUUAAGUGCUGUCUAUCAGACUUGACUGUCAGUCUUGGAUCAUGGACCCCAGAUGCUGUCCAGUGGCUUCGAGAGAAAGUGCUCAACAUCUCUGACUGUAGCAUGAAGGUUGCCAAGGUUGAUGAAACCACAUGCUGCAUCUACAUCUACCUUUUCACUGAUAAGAACUUCCAAGACCCGGCCCGCAGCCUCAACCGUCAGAUGGCGCAGUCUAACCUCUUAAAACAGCAGCCUGAUGUUUUCCUGACAAGCCACAGCCCUGCUAAAAUCUCCACAGCCACUUUAUCCUCUAAAACACCCAGUACCAGUGAUUCAACUAAUGGCAACCCAACAUCUACCACUGUCACUGCCAAGCCUCAUCCCAGAAUGGCUCUACCAGGAAACAGAGGAGGUGGAGGAGGAAACCUGGCCAGCGCCAUUCAACCAAAAACACCCUCAUCCCCCUCAUCUUUUCCCCAGCUGCCACCAUUGCUGGAGCUGCCCCCAGCUGGAAACAACAUGGAUGUAUAUGUAUCAGUGGCGUGCCAUCCAGGCCACUUUGUCCUGCAACCCUGGAGAGACAUGUACAAAUUGGUGGUGUUGAUGGGAGAAAUGAUUCUGUAUUACAACAAAACUGAAGAGAAAACACUCAGCAUCGAGAAGAAUCAGAUAUAUGCUGCUAAAGUGGAGAACAACUGGUACCGGGUGUUAGUGAAGGGGGUUCUGACCAAUGGGUUGGUGUCAGUCUAUGAGUUGGACUAUGGUAAACAUGAGCUGGUCAGCUGCACCCAGCUCAGAUCUCUGAUCAAGGAGUUCAGACAGCUGCCGUUCCAGGGAAUCACUGCUCAGCUGGCUGGAGUGAAGCCGAGGCAGUGGUCAGAGGAAGCUUCCAUCGUUUUCAGGAACCACGUGGAAAAGAAACCUCUCGUGGCCCAGCUGGAGAGCCUUCAUGAAGCCAGAAACCCGUGGGACCGGAAGCUGAUGGUCUUCCUGGUUGACACUUCACAGGAAGAAAGAGAUAUCUGGGUGCAUGACAUCAUGGCUGAGUUUGCUGAAGAUCUUACCAAUGAGUUGUAGAUUAAAAGCAGGAUUAUUUGCAAAUCUUAAGAGGAAAGAAGUUGGGAUAUGAAUAUAUGAAAAAAGGAGAAGCUUGUCAAUCUUUAUCUAUCUACCAUUUCGGGAUUCGAAAAGUAGAAAGAGGAAAGGGAUGAAUGAGUGAAGGAGCAGUUGUCAGGUGAAAGGGAACUGAGAGGUUUAAGAGUAUGUGGAGUCUGGCGUUGGCAGAAAGAUAAGAUGUGCUGGUGGUGCAGCAACUUGCUUGUUAGGUUUGGUGUGUUCACUAAGUAAUGUGCUGUGACUUCUAACGACUGCAGUGUGACCAUUGGUUAAUACACCCAUGUACAAUGCUGUGCUGAAGUCCAAACUUGCUACAAAUACAAAUGCAGUAUAAAAAAACCUUACAUCUAUAUCCAUAAUCAUCUCACAAAGCAUUGAUUUGUCGCACAUGGUUUGGUAUGAGCUCUAAUUUUAAUUCAGUUUCAGUGAGUGUCAUACUUGAAAUACCUGAAUACCUUUAACCCUGCCAAUGUGAGCACCAUGCAAAGAAUGCUUUUUGCUUUUUGGCCCCUCCCUCUUCGGCAUCUGGUUUUUACACUGGAUGCCCUUCCUGACACAACCCUCCCAUGUAUGUCCAAUUUAGAGUGUCCAAUUAACAAUGAGCAAUGGGGAUUGGGUACCUUGCCCUGGCAGGAACUCUAAUUGGCAACCCUUUAGUUGCAAGCCAAGUUCCCUUUCCGGCUAUGGCUAUGGGCUGCCCGCUAUGCAAAGGAUGCAUAAAAUGUUCAAGUGAAGUUUGUAUUUGUUUACAAAAUCUGCUUUUUGGAGGAAAACAGACAGAUAUCGAGAGAGCAGAAGGAGUUGACACAUUUUUUUUUAUUUUGGAAUACAUUUAUUUAAAUUAUGAAAACAAAGUGAAAUUAAUAAGUUUUCAGUUACUUGGCUCUUUUAGCAGAUGUGUGCUAAUAUAGUCUGUUGUACACAGAAGUUAAUAAGGUUUGCUGAGGACUAAUACAUUAUAUCAAAUGUUCUGAGUUCUGACUUUGCUUUUUUUAAUACAUAACAUUAAUUGUUUCUAUUGAUACAUCUAAAUAAGUGCUGAUUUAGGAUUUUGCAGGUAACUCAAAGACUGAAAUGAAGGUUGUGACUUUACCAAAUUAGUUUUUUUGAUGAAAAAACAAAACACUAGAGUGAAAUGCAUGUGUUAAAAAUCAGACCCUGGCUCCUGUGAAGGCAGUAUGUCAUGCAUCUCCUCUUCCUGUCACACUGACACAGUGUGACAUUUAAAAGUCAUUUAUUCCAUGAAAACAAGACUUAACUUUCAGAAAGUAUUUGUGCUGCAUGUUGCAGAUCUAAAUUGUGUGCACCUAUAUUUGAUGUUACAGUAACAAGAAUGUUAAAUUGCCAGUAGUGAUUUACUAGUAGAUUUUCAUUUAGAGGAUUAUAAGAUUUUCUGCUUAUGGUUGUUCUGGUCUAAUCCUCCAAUGAAAUGUUGUUCUGAUGUGGGAUUUGAUUUUAAAAAUGUGACCUUUUUUUCUGAUGCAACUGCACCAUAUUUUUGGAUGUGCAAAUGCUUCUCCAAUUGUGUGACACAAAGCCUGACAAAGCCCACAGCUGCAUUGUUGUUAACAUAUGAAAAAUGACAUGAAUUUAAUUUAUAUUUAACUUAUAUUUCCGGGUUGAUAAUGAUAAGUUUAUCCUUUGCAUUUCAUUUAACAGUGACCAGGAGUUAAUAAAAGGUUUUGGAAUAGA